CUCAAAGGUUGCUGUGAUAUUUCAGUACUCUGCAGGACACUGACCUGAGUUCAGCUCAAAGUGGAGAUCUGACCGUCUGAAUCUGAUCAUCUCUCUACCUGCUCAGAAUGAGGGCUGCUGAUUGGCUGUUGGUUCUGGUGUCACUGCUGCUCAUCUCCCUGGCUGUUGAUGCCGACAUCUGCAGUGCCAAACCCAGAGACCUCCUCCUGGAGCCACGUUGCAUCUACCGCAGCCCGGACCCAGAGGACCCUGAGGGCCCGACCGAAGAGCCGGAACAGAUCCCAGAGUCCACCAAUCCCCGAGUGUGGGAGCUGUCCAAGGCCAACGGGCGCUUCGCCCUGUCGCUCUACAAACAGCUGGCCAACAGCAAGGACUCGGACACUAACAUCUUCAUGUCCCCCAUCAGCGUCUCCACGGCGUUCGCCAUGACUAAACUGGGCGCAUGUGACACAACGCUGGAGCAGAUCAUGAAGGUGUUCGAGUUUGACACCAUCAAGGAGAAGACGUCUGAUCAGGUGCACUUCUUUUUCGCCAAACUCAACUGUCGUCUGUACAGGAAGAAGGACGAGACCACCGAGCUCAUCUCUGCCAACCGCCUGUUUGGAGACAAAUCUCUGAUUUUCAACGAGACAUACCAGAACAUCAGCGAGAUGGUGUACGGAGCCAAGCUGAUGCCACUGAACUUCAAGGAGAACCCGGAGAAAGCCCGUGUGACCAUCAAUGACUGGAUCUCUAACAAGACCGAGAACCUGAUCCAGGACACGUUGCCAGAAGGGGCGCUAGACUCCAAUACUGUCCUCGUCCUCGUAAAUACAAUCUACUUCAAGGGUCAGUGGAAGAACAAGUUUGACACCGACCUGGUCUACACGACAGACUUCCACAUCACUGACACUCGCACCUGCAGUGUCAACAUGAUGUACCAGGAGACAAAGUUCAGGUACAAACACUUCCUCGACGACCACGUGCAGGUGCUUGAGAUGCCGUACCGCGGAGACGACAUCACCAUGGUGAUCAUCCUGCCGAGCGUAGGGACCCAGCUCAGUGAGGUGGAAGUGGGUCUGGACCUGAAGAAAAUCACCGGCUGGAUGGAUCAGAUGAGGGAAACCACCGUCUCUGUCCACGUCCCUCGUUUCAGAGUAGAGGACAGCUUCAGCCUGAAGGAGAGGCUGGAGGCGAUGGGACUGACCGAUCUCUUCAGCUCUGAGAGGGCCAGCCUGCCAGGAAUAUUGGAGGAAGACGGUGAAGGUCUCCACAUCUCAGACGCCUUCCAUAAAGCCUUCCUGGAGGUGAACGAGGAGGGCAGCGAGGCUGCAGCAGCCACCGCCGUGGUGGCGGUCGGGCGCUCCCUGAACUUAAACCGUGAGAUAUUUCAGGCCAACCGUCCGUUCCUGCUGCUCAUCAGAGAGUCCACCAUCAAUGCUCUGCUGUUCAUGGGGCGUGUGUCCAACCCCUGCAGCCAGUAAACACGCUCUGCUGCGACAUCAACGCCACAUGAAUGCUUCAGAAUAAUUCCACGUCCUUCUUAGUUACAGCUCGGUGCUUUUUUGUGACGCUGCAUGAAAAAACAUCAUCAGACCUUGAAUGUUGUCUCCUUUAAACAAACAAAUCCUGCAGCUUCAUGCAUAAUCUCUUACUGAGCAUUGACAGACAUUUUACCAAAAUCAUCAACAAAAUCAAUAGAAAUGAUCAUCUUACCCUAAAUCUGGUAAAAUAUCAAUAUAUUUCUGAUUGCAGGUGCAUUGUGGGUAAAUAAAGAGAGGUGAGUCGGUGGUGUUUGACACUUAAAGUGCUUUAUUUCCUUUAAAGGAGAUGCAUCCUGUGAGUGAUCUAGUGGUCAUCAUGGUGAAAGAAGCUUCUUCACAUUUUUAUUAACUAAUAAUUAACCUUUAAGCCCCGCCCCCCCACUCAACCCCCCUCCACCAACAGAGACAUGCAACAUAAAGAUCUUCACAUAAAACCUCUACAGAGCGUUCAGUACCUCCUCUGUAAAAAAACCAAUGUACAGUAAUAAAAGUUAAAUUUACUAAA